UGAAAUUGAUUUGAAGAGAAACAUAUAGGUUGGACAUCCGAAAAUGAUGGAGGCAGCAUGAUUUGAAGGUAGAGCUUUUUCCCAUCUCUCUCUCCAUCUCCAUCUCCCCCUUUCUUUGCCAACACAACCCACCAGCCUGCACUCCCCUCGCCUGGGAGGAAAGGGGAGUGCAUCCAAUUCCCUCACCCUUCUCUCCUUUCUCUCUCCUCCAAGAUUAUGCCAUGCCAUUAUCCCCCUCCAUCCUCAACCAAUUCCAACCGCAGCCAUUGAUCUCCCCGCAGCCCCACCGCGACGGCCGCAGCCGCCGCGCGCCCCAUGAGAUCCAUGCUAGCCUCCGCCCCCGCCCCUCCCCCCUCGGACUAUUUGACGUUCCUCUACUCCGUCCCCCUGCCCAACAUCCUCUUCGACCUGGCGACGCUCCUCUUCGUGGUGGCGCUCCUCCUCCUCUCCCUCUUCGCCUGCUCCUCCGUCUUCUACCUCCAAGACCGCUCCCUCCACACGCAUUCCUUGCAGCGCUUCAGCUCCCUGUGGAGCGUCCGCCUCCUCCUCGUGGCCCUCGUGGCCCUCUGGUCCCUCAACGAGGUCGUGCGCCUCCCCUUCAUCCGCCGCAACUACCUCUACCCCUUCCUCUCGCCGGAGCAGGAGGCCGCCAUCUGCCAGCUCAACGUCGUCCUCUCGCUCGGUUUCCUGCAGCCCUGCUUCCUCAUGACGCUCCUCUACCUCCUCAACGCCUCCAUCAAGAAGCGCAACCCUAACUGCGCCCGCGCCAUCGCCUCCCUGCUGCUGCUCUCCUCGCCGCUGCUCUGCCUGCAGGUCAUCUUCGUCUACUUCACGCCCUUCGCCGCGCGCCUGCCCAAAUUCAUGUACGUCAGCUCCGUGGUGUCGGCGGACCUCCGCGGCGACAAGAUGGUGCUGUGCGCCUGCCCCUUCUUCAGCUGGCUCGUCUACGGCGGCUUCUCGCUGGCCUACGGCGUCGCCUUCUCGGUGUCGUGCUGGCGGGUGAUGGCGUUCGUGAUCAACAAGGGGAUCGCGCACCGGGUGAACGUGCUGGCCAGCACGGUGAUGGUGGCGCUGCCGGCGCAGAUGGUGUGCCUCUGCCUCUCGUGGGUGUGGAUGCCCGAGAGCAACGUCUACGGCGCCAUGCUGCUCACCAUGUUCCUCUCCGUCGCCGUGUGCAUGGCCGUGGCCGUGCUGCUCCUCGUCGUUAAGCCCAUACAGGAGGCGCUCGAGGCCGGCGGGGAGGACUCCCUGUGGCCGGCGCUAUAGCUUUAAUUUAUUUUAUGAUCCAUCUUUUUCUGUUUGGGGGGUUGAUGGCUGAGGGCUUUUUGGUCACCGGGAUUAAGGGAUUUCGUUCCUGAUUCAGAAGCAAAAUAGCAAAAUCUUGUGACUUUGUGUGCCUUGUGAUUUUCUAUUUUGCCGGAGUUUCUAUUGUAUAUAACUACAUACAAUCAAUUCAGAUGUAUAGAGGUGUAGUUAGGUUUGCGAGAAUCUUCCAAUUCUCUCAAUUCGAGUAGAAAUUAACAAA